AGAUUGAGUGCUGUGUGAGUCUGAGCUCCGGCAAAAUGAGUGAGUCUUUAGUUGUGUGUGAGGUGGAUGGAGACCUGGUGAAGAAGCUGAGGGAUUUCCGCUUCAGGAAGGAGACCAGCAACGCCGCCAUCAUCAUGAAGAUUGAUAAAGAUCGACAGCUGGUGGUCUUGGAUGAGGAGCAUGAAGACGUUUCUCCUGAUGAGCUGAAGGACGAACUGCCCGAGAGACAGCCCAGAUUUGUAGUGUACAGUUAUAAAUACCAGCAUGAUGAUGGACGAGUGUCAUAUCCCCUCUGCUUCAUUUUCUCCAGCCCAGUCGGCUGUAAACCGGAGCAGCAGAUGAUGUACGCUGGAAGCAAAAACAAACUGGUGCAGACGGUGGAAUUGACCAAGGUGUUUGAGAUCAGGAACACUGAGGAUCUGACGGAGGAGUGGCUGAGGGAGAAACUCGGCUUCUUCCGUUAAAAAAAUCAUCCAAUCACAUCGCAGCAACAAUGAACACAACGCUCUGAGAGGAAACCAUCAUCCAUUUAACACUAAUCUGUGUGUGUGUGUGUGUGUGUGUGUGUGUGUGUGUGUGUGUGUGUGUGUGUUUUUAAAGAAUGCUACACAGAUAACAGAAGCUGACCCUGACCAAAC